AUGAGUGUGGCAGCCGAGGAGCCGGGCAACCCGGCCCACGCCGUGUUCGAGAGGUUCCUGCACGCCGGGCAGUGCCGGGAGGUGCUGGACUCUUUUGGGGAGCUGUGCCAGCACCUGGGGGUGCAGGGCAAUGGGCUCCAGCUCUACCACGGCCUCAAGGCUGCCCUCAACUACUGGAGUGCCAAGGCCCUCUGGAGCAAGCUGGAUAAAAAAGCUGGGCACAAGGAUUAUGACCAGGGCACAGCCUGUGCCAGCACCAAGUGCCUGGUGGUGGGGGCUGGUCCCUGUGGGCUGCGGGUGGCCAUCGAGCUGGCCCUGCUGGGCGCCCGCGUGGUGCUGCUGGAGAAGAGGGACACCUUCUCCCGCAACAACGUCCUGCACCUGCUGAAGGUGGCUUUGCUCCUGGGGGUGGAGGUGCACAUCAACGUGCAGUUCAAGGGCCUCGUCCCCCCUGGGGGCAAGGCAGGUGGACAGGGCGGCUGGCGGGCGGUGCUGCAGCCCAGCUCCUCUCCCCUCAGCAACUACGAGUUUGAUGUCCUCAUCUCAGCUGGUGGCGGCAAAUUUGUCCCUGAAGGGUUCAAGAGGAAGGAGACGCGGGGGAAACUGGCCAUUGGCAUCCCCACCAACUUCAUCAACCGCCACAGCCGGGCCGAGGUGGAGGUGGCUGAGAUCAGCGGCGUGGCCAGAAUCUACAACCAGAAGUUCUUCCAAAACCUCUACAACAAAACAGGCAUUGACCUGGAAAACAUUGUCUACUACAAGGACGACACUCACUAUUUCGUGAUGACGGCCAAGAAGCAGAGCCUGCUCAACAAAGGGGUGAUCCUCCAGGACAAGGCAAACAUCGAGAGCCUCCUGUCCCCAGAGAAUGUGAACCGGGACGCCCUCCUCAGCUACGCCAAAGAAGCUGCCAACUUCUCUACCAACUACUGCCUGCCCCAGCUGGACUUUGCCCUCAACCACCGGGACCAGCCAGACGUCGACAUGUUCGACUUCACCUGCAUGACACGCUCGGAGAACGCGGCGCUGGUGCGGGAGCACAACGGGGCCCACCUGCUGCUCGGGCUGGUGGGAGACUGCUUGGUGGAGCCCUUCUGGCCCUUGGGCACCGGCGUGGCCAGGGGUUUCCUUGCUGCCUUCGACGCUGCAUGGAUGGUGCGGCGCUGGGCGGCCGGGACCCCCCCGCUGGAGGUGCUGGCUGAGAGGGAGAGCAUCUACCAGCACCUCUCGCAGACCUCCCCGGACAACACCAACAAGAACAUCAGCCAGUACAGCAUCGACCCGGCCACACGCUACCCCAACAUCAACCUGCAGGCCAUCAAAGCCCACCAGGUCCGGGACCUCUACCUGGUGGGCAUGGUGGAGGUGGAUCACAAGAGGAAGAGUGACAACCGGCUCAGCAUUGCUGUCUCUGGAGAUGCCUACGAAGAGCUGCUGAGCUGGUGCCAGGCCAGCACGGCCGGGUACCGCGGCGUGGCCGUCACCGACUUCACCACCUCCUGGACCAGUGGCCUGGCCCUCUGUGCCCUCCUCCACCCCUUCCACCCCAACCUGCUGGACUUUGAUUCCGUGGACCCCCAGGAUCCCAUCCGGACCCACCAGAUGGUGCUGGACAUGGCAGAGCAGGAGCUGGGCAUCCAACCAGUGCUCUCCAGCACUGAGAUGGCCACCAUGGCAGAGCCCGACCGCCUGGGCCUCAUCACCUACCUCAGCCAGUUCUAUGAAGCUUUCAAGACCUCUCCAGAUGUGGAGCAGGUCAGCAAGAAGCCACUGUCUCCCCGGGGCACACGAGGGGCCAUCCUCUUCCUCAGCAAACUGCAGAACAGCCGGACCCUGACCCACAAACGUGCCCAGCCACCGCCCCGUGGGGACAGCAGCGACGCCUGCUACUUCUGCGGCCACCGCGUCUACAUCCUGGAGCGAUCCAGCGCCCAGGGACGCUUCUUCCACCGCGGCUGCUUCCAGUGCUGGCAGUGCGGGACCACCCUGCGCCUGGGGGACUACACCUUCCAGCAGGAGGACGGUCGUUUUUACUGCUCACUGCACGGCCCCAAUCAGCCCAGCAUGGACCAGCUGCCUGGAUCCCACUGCUGCCCACCCAGCUUCAGCCACCCCGAGCCUCAGGAAGUGGUGGAGGAGGGUGAGGAGGGUGGGGGCAGGAGGAAGAUCGUCCUCACGCCCCUGGAGAAGCUCAAGCUGUCCACGCUGAACCUCACUGGUGAAGCAGAGCUUGAGCCACCACCAAAGCCAGCACGUCUGAGGCUCCCAGCAGCACCAGAGGCCCUCCCUACCCCAUGGCAGAGACAAGGCUCCUGGGAGGAGGAGGAGGGGGAGGAGAUGGUGGAGGAAGCUUUGGAGGAGAGUGACAGUGAGGAAGAGGAGGAAGGCACAGACCUUGGCAUCAUGGCAGAGUUGUGCCUGGACCCAGGAGAAGAGGAGAAAUAUCCCACCUGGAAGCGCACACUGACCCGCCGGGCCAGGGAAGCCCAGAUGAAGAGGUUCUGCAAAGCCCAGUCCAUCCAGAGGAGGCUGGAGGAGAUCGACGUGACCUACCGGGACCUGGAGCAGCAGGGAAUCAAGUUGGAGAAGUUACUCCGGGAUGAGGGUGACACCCCGGCUGACAAGAAGACACAGUGGAUGAACCAGCUGCUCUACCUGGUCCAGAAGAAGAACUACUUGGUGUCUGAGGAGUCAGACCUCAUGAUCGCGGUGCAGGAACUGAAGCUGGAGGAGCAGCAGUGGCAGCUCGACCACAAGCUCCGGUGCUACAUGAACAAGGAGGAAUCCCUGAAGACACCCGAGGACCGUGCAGCCGAGCAGGAGAUCCUGGGGCAGCUGCUGGAGGUGGUGAACAAGCGCAACGUCCUCAUCCACAUCCAGGAAGAGAAGAGGCUCAGUGAGCUCCAGGCCUGA